CAGGCCGGAGCCGCGCGGCCGAGCGGGCGGCAGGCGGCGGGGAGGGCUCGGCGGCGGGAGGCUCGCGGCGGCCGGGCCGGCGGGGUCCGCCCGGGCCGGCAGCGUCCGCCGAGCGGCGGGAGGAGGGAGCGGCGCAGACAAAGAGCGGCGCCUGGGCGGGCGCUGUGCGGCCGCCGCCCCGGGACCCGCGCCGCUGCCCUCCGGCCUCGGCGGGCGGCCCACGGCGAGAAUUCAUAUGUUCCUUCUAUACAAGUGAUUCCCCAGAUCAUAAUCCUCUGCUGAGAUUUGGGUUGGAUUCAAGAAUCUGGAGAAUUCCUGCAGCUUUGUAACUUCAGGAGGUGUGACCAGCUGAGAAAUUCACCUUUUGAGGAGUGCUGCGUUUUGCCAGUCAUCUCUUAUAACUGAGUGCCAAAGGAUACCACAGGUUUCUGCCAACUCCUGUCAAAUUAGUGGGCAUCUGGCAAGUCUUACUUACAGCACAAUUUGAAACUUUAGUAAGGAAGUUAUAAGAAGGACUCCAUGAAAGAUGACAGAGGAAGUUAUUGUGAUAGCAAAGUGGGACUACACUGCCCAACAGGACCAGGAGCUGGACAUCAAGAAAAACGAGCGUCUGUGGCUGCUGGACGACUCCAAGACGUGGUGGCGCGUGAGGAACGCGGCCAACAGGACGGGCUACGUGCCGUCCAACUACGUGGAGAGGAAGAACAGCCUGAAGAAGGGUUCCCUCGUGAAGAACCUGAAGGACACGCUAGGCCUCGGCAAGACCAAGAGGAAGACCAGCGCGCGAGACGCAUCCCCGACCCCCAGCACAGACGCCGAGUACCCAGCCAACGGGGGCGGCGCCGACCGCAUCUACGACCUCAACAUCCCUGCCUUCGUCAAGUUCGCCUACGUGGCCGAGAGGGAGGACGAGCUGUCCCUGGUAAAGGGGUCGCGCGUCACUGUCAUGGAGAAGUGCAGCGACGGUUGGUGGCGUGGCAGCUACAACGGGCAGAUCGGCUGGUUUCCCUCCAACUACGUCCUGGAGGAGGUGGACGAAGCGGCCGCAGAGUCCCCCAGUUUCCUGAGCCUGCGGAAGGGUGCCUCCAUGAGCAAUGGCCAGGGCGCCCGGGUCCUGCACGUGGUGCAGACGCUGUACCCCUUCAGCUCGGUCACCGAGGAGGAGCUCAACUUCGAGAAGGGGGAGACCAUGGAGGUGAUCGAGAAGCCCGAGAACGACCCCGAGUGGUGGAAGUGCAAAAACGCCCGGGGGCAGGUCGGCCUGGUCCCCAAAAACUACGUGGUGGUCCUAAGCGACGGGCCCGCCCUGCACCCCUCGCACGCGCCGCAGAUAAGCUACGCGGGCCCCGCGUGCAGCGGGCGCUUCGCGGGCCGAGAGUGGUACUACGGGAACGUGACGCGGCACCAGGCCGAGUGUGCCCUCAACGAGCGGGGCGUCGAGGGUGACUUCCUCAUUAGGGACAGCGAGUCUUCGCCCAGUGACUUCUCCGUGUCUCUGAAAGCAUCAGGGAAGAACAAACAUUUCAAGGUGCAGCUUGUGGACAAUGUCUACUGCAUCGGGCAGCGGCGGUUUCACACCAUGGACGAGUUGGUGGAACACUACAAAAAGGCACCCAUCUUCACCAGCGAGCACGGGGAGAAGCUCUACCUCGUGAGAGCGCUGCAGUGACGGCCCCUGCCACAGCCACAGCCACCUCUGGGCCCUCGGGGCCGCACUCACCUCCCCAGAGCCGAGCGGACGGCCCCCAGAAGCAGCCGCGCUCACGGGCCCUCCCGCAGCGGGCUCCGCUCCGUCCGGUGGUUCAUCAUCGUCUCUUGGCUUCCUUUGCCUCAUUCAUCUUCGCGUGCAGGUCGGUUUGUUUGCCACUCGCCUCUCUCCUCUGCCGCGCCGCGCCCUGCCACCCACUCUCCAGCCGCCCUCCUCCCGGCCAGGUUCAGGGGUCGGGAGGCGAGGAGGAAUGUUCCUUCACUUUAUUCCUGUGCAACUGAAAACAGCCUUCGGGUUGUUCACGCUGACAGAACCCCUCAUGAAAAAGACAUCGGGCACGGUUUGAAUGCACCAAAGCUGCCGUUAAUUAUGUGAACUACAGUACGCUCCGAACGCGGGGUCCGUGGGCCCUGGGCUCCCUCUCCAGCCAGGCGGCACCUGCGAGGUCCCCGGUCCUGGCAGCCCUGGCUCCGUGCCCCUCGCCCCUGCAUGGCUCCCAGACUGUCCAGGGAGAGUGGACGCGCUUGCGGGUAGCAGCACCAGAACCACCAGAUGAGACAGUCGCGAGGAAACUCCAGUGCCUUCGGGGCUAUGCUUGCAAUAAAAGAAAUUUCCUUGAAAGUCCGUCCGCAGAAGCCGGACCGGUGACUCCGAAAGACAGAGGUUGUGGUCAUUUCCCCCCAGAUGUGCCAUCCGCAUAGUGCUUUUUCCUCUUGCCCUUCGGCUUGUUUAAAUUUCACAAUUAUGUAUUUAAUUCUCAAAGUAAUAUGUAUCUGUAGCCAUUUGUUGACACUAAUACAGAUGAUUAAGGAAAACAGCUGAUCUUUGGGGAAGGGGAGCUACCAUACACUUACACACACACACACACGCACGCACACACACACACCAUAUAUAUAUAUAUAUAUAUAUAUAUAUAUAUAUAUAUACACACACACACACACAUAUAUAUAUAUACACACACACAUCCAUGGAUGUGUGUGUGUAUAUAUAUAUAUGUGUGUGUGUGUGUGUGUAAGAACUAUUUGCUUUACAGGGAAUUUUUCAGGGUUUACAAGAGAAUAUGUGAUUGGUAGGUAAAAGACACACAGAAUGUUUAUGAAGAAAUUGCAUUUUUUUCUUUACAUUUGAACUUCUUUAUAGUUGAAAUAUACAGUCUUGAGAUGGCACAUUCCUACAACUGAAGAAGGGGUCUCGAGACCUCCUAAACUUGCAUACUCAGUUUUUUGGAUAUUGUAAUAAAAAACGUAUUAUGAGAA